AUGUCGGAACCUGUGAUAGAUACACAGGAACCAGAAACCGAUCACGGAUACGAUUAUGAUUUAAUCGUGAUUGGUGGUGGUUCGGGUGGUAUUGCCUUGGCCAAGGAAGCAAAUGCUCUUGGUGCUAAGGUUGCUGUUUUCGAUUACAUUAAACCUUCUCCUCAAGGAACAACAUGGGGUUUGGGUGGUACUUGUGUAAAUGUUGGUUGCAUUCCUAAAAAGUUAAUGCACACAGCUGCUCUUAUUGGUGAUAGAUCUCAAGAUGGCACUGCUUUUGGUUGGACAAAUAGUGUUGGUCACGGAACUGAAAGAAAACCACAUCAUCAAUGGGGUAAGCUCGUAGAAAUGGUUCAAGACCACAUUCACGGACUCAAUUUCAAGUAUAGAACUGAUUUGAGAAAGAAGGGAAUUACCUAUCACAAUUUGUAUGCCUCCUUUAUUGAUGCACACACUGUUGAAGGUAAAAAGGAUGGUCAAGAGGAAGGAAAACGUUUCACUGCUCGUAGAUUUGCCAUUGCUGUUGGUGGUCGACCACUCUAUCCUGAUAUUCCAGGUGCUAAGGAAUAUUGCAUUUCCAGUGAUGAUAUUUUCAGUAUGGAAAAGGAACCAGGCAAGUCACUUGUUGUUGGUGCUUCCUAUGUUGCUUUGGAAUGUGGUGGAUUUUUACAUGGAAUUGGUAAUGAUACUACCAUCAUGGUUAGAUCUGUUCCAUUGAGAGGUUUCGAUAGAGAAUGUGCUGACAAGAUUGUUAAUGUUAUGAGCGAUGAAGGUGUUAAAUUCUAUCAACCUUGUGUUCCUCUCUCUGUUAACAAACUUGAAAGUGGUAAAUUGAGUGUUGAAUAUGAAAAUGUUGAAACAAAGGAAAAGAAGACUGAGGAAUUUGAUACAGUCUUGUUUGCAACUGGUCGUUAUGCCUUGACUCAAGCUCUCAAUUUGGAAAAUAUUGGUGUCAAGACUGACAAGGUUGGAAAGAUUUUCGUCAACAAGUAUGAACAAUCCUCUGUUCCUCAUAUUUAUGCUAUUGGUGACGUUAUUGUUGGAGGUCUUGAACUUACUCCAGUUGCCAUUAAGGCUGGUAAACUCUUGGCAGCUCGUUUAUAUAAUUCAAGUAAGAAAAUGAUGGACUAUGAUAAGGUUCCAACCACUGUUUUCACUCCUGUUGAAUAUGGAAGUUGUGGAUUGACUGAAGAAGAAGCCGUCAAGAGAUAUGGUGCUGAAAAUCUCACCAUUUAUAAGAAAUCAUACUAUGUUCUUGAAUAUGAACCACCUGCAAGAGAAUGUCAAGCAUUUGUAAAAUUAAUUUGUAACGAGUUGGAUAAUGAAAGAGUAUUGGGAUUCCACUAUGUUGGACCAAACGCUGGUGAAGUUACUCAAGGUUUCGCUGUUGCCAUGAGAUGCAAUGCCACUAAGGAAGACUUUGAUGACACUGUCGGUAUUCACCCUACUUGUGCUGAAACUAUUGUCAAGCUUGAGAAGGGAGUAGAAACCGACACUGGUUGCUGAGGAUAAGGACCACACGAAUUAUUGAAACAAUUUACUAUUAUUCCAAAUUGUAAUUAAGAACUAUUAUAGUGGAAUGAUAGUUUUCAAAAAUUGUUUCAUCGUGUGGUCGUUAAACUUAACGAACCAUUAAGGAUUAUAUUAUUUCAUUGAUUGUGACGUGACGAGUACUGUUCUAAACUUGGAGUAACCAAAAGAACGCCAUUCUGAUAUACAAUCUGCUAUAUGAUUUAAUAUUAAUCUUUAAUAAAAUUAAUUUAUUGAUUUAU